AUGUAGCAAUUUAAAAAACAAGAUGACUCUUAACUCAUAAAUAAAUUCAUCAAAACUAUGUUACAAAUUAACGAUUAGUUUUAUUGCUAUGAACCCAUUAAAAUAUUUUUAUUCAUAAUUAGCAUGAGCUAGACUAUAUUUUAUCUAAAUUUUUAAACCUAUGAGUUUUUUUAGAAAAAUAUUGAUGUAAUUAGUUCAAGCAAGAAGAUACUCUAUAUUCUAAGACCUGAGAUAAUUAUACUUUAAUAUUUACCAGAUAAAAUACUAUUUGCCAUUCCUUACAUUAUAGUUUUAUUAAUACUAAUGAUGAAAUUCAUAACUUAUUUAAAUAUCAACAAUCAACAUUUAAGAUAUGCAAAAAGAUGGAAUAAAUCUAAUCCAAUUCAAAUGAUGUUAAUCAAUAUUACAUCCUUUUAUUAGUAAUUAUUUAAUGUUAUAUUACAUUAUCCUUUUCAAACACUUGUUGUUUGCACUAUUAAUAAAGCAAUGUAAAAUAUUUUAAAUUAAAACUCUAAUUACAUUGUAUUAUUGAUUUUUUCAAUUCUUAUAUUUUUGCUUUUAGAGGCUGAAUCAAUAUCAUUAAUUUUUAUUUGUAGAAAAUCAACAACAUUAUAAAUUUUUGCUUUUGAACAGUUUCUAAUGUCAACCUUUGAUAUUCUAAUUUAUAUAUAGCAAAUAUCUUAAAUUAUUGUUUUUGGAAUUUCAAGUUAAAAUAUUUUGGUGAAUUAUUUGUAGCAAAUUAUAACACUUUUUAUUGCUAUUUUUAAAAUUUUAAAUUAAUUACAUUAUUAAGGAUAUAUCUUUCAAUAUCAAAGAUAUAUCCUUUAUAUUAUUAAUUCUAUUAUUAUUAUAUAUACUCUCUUUUAAUUUAUUGAUCUUACAUAUAAUGCAAUAUUGAUUUGGCCAUUAUUUACAAGUGUUAUAAUCUAUGCUGAUCGUCAAUUUUAAUUUAAUAGUAUUUAUUCAUUAUUCCUUGAAAAUUCAACAAAUUUAAAUUAUUAUGUUCAUUAACUUAUGAAAAUAUCCAAUAAUUGCUAUUAAAAUGAGAUACUUCCUAUAUAAAAUACUAUUAUUUGGAUUCAACAUAAACUUAAGUGUAAAGAUCCUACAUGCUUAUGCAAAGAAUUAAUAGAGAAAGUCUUGAAUCCUUCUUAAACAAAUAUAAUUACAGAUCCAAUUUUUAAUUCCUUCAUUUAUACCAAAAUUAAUCACAUUAAAAAAAUAAUUUAUUCUAAUUAAAAUUAAAAUAAAGUUGAUGCUGCUUUUUAUGAAAUUGUUCAAGCUACUUUAUUUAUGAGAUAAGGUUUCAUUUUGAUGGCUAUCAAAAAUUAUAAUAGAAUUUUAUUUUAAGCUAAUGAUUAACAUAGAAGGAGAGUAAUUUCAUAAGAAAAAUCAUUAAUAUCUUAAAGAAGGGGUAAGAAAAGCUUUAUUGAUUCUUAGAUAUAGGAGAUUAUCAAUAUAUAAUAGAAAAAGGAUGAAAAAUAUGUGGUUGGAAGUAAAAAUUAUCAAAUAUCAAAUCUUGAAAUUAUCAAAAUUGAAUAUAGAAUUAUUCAAGCAUAAAUGCAUUUAAAUGAAAAUUUUAGUUCAUAUGUUUGUAAUCCAUAAUAGCAUUAAAUGUCGGAUUGUAUAUUCUACUAUUUACUAAAUGAAUUUGAUUUGAACCUAGUUAUAUCAAAGAUUAUUAAUUUAAUUAAAAUGAAAACAGAAUUUUAUUGUUAUCUAUUGAAAUCAGAAAAUCUUAAUGGAAAUCACGUUUUUAAUUAGAUAAGUAAAUUCUCUAAAAGAGUAAUUAAUGUUGAAGAUACCUUAUUAAACAAUUAUAAUAAAUAUUCGAGUGCCAAAUUAAGGCAUUUAAUAAUAUUCUUUUAUUUUAAGAUAUAUAAUAGUUAUUUGAAAGCUCUAAAGUUUAAAUAAAUUAAUAAUAUUUAACAUGAAAAAUUUAUUUAUAGAAAUCAAACAAUAGAUUUUUAUUCUAAUAAAAUUGGAUAUAUAUUAUUGUAAUUAUAAGAUGAUUUAUAAAAUUUAAUAAUCAAAUCUUAUUCUAGUAAUUUUUUAAAAAUUAUUAAUAAAUCAAAUGAUGAGAAAAAGUUAAUUUUCUAUGAUGUAUUACCUGAUUUUAUAAAAGAUGCUCAUCCUAUUUUGGUUCAAAGAUUUGUUUAGACUGGUUAAGCAAGAUUUUAUAGAAAUUUAAGUUUGACAUUUAUUUAAUAAGAUAAUGGAUUAGCUAAAUAAAUGGAAUAAAGUUUUGAUACUACAACUCUUUUAAGUGAUAAUAGAAUAGUUUUUGGUGCUGUGAUAUAAGAUGUUAUAGAUUAGAAAGCAUAUUUAUUAGUAAAUGUUAAUGGUUUACUAUCAGGAAUGACAUUUAUGUGUUUAAGAAAGCUUGGGUUUACAAUUGAAUAAAUUUCAAGUGUUAAUAACUUUUAUUCAUUUUAUGAAAUAGAAAUAAAUUAAAUAGUUCCUAAUUUUAAUCGAUUAAUAGAAACUGAUUUUUCUGAAUAAAAGUUUGAUAACUAAAGAUUUUUAUUUUUAGAUAUUUCAUGCAAUUUUAAUGAUAUAAUAACUAAAUCAACAUCUUAAGGAGGUAAUUAAUAAUUAUCUAAAAUUUGGUAGAAUAAUAAAUUAGUAAAAGAGUAUUAAGUAGAUUUAUAUAUAAUGAAAAGAAAUGUAUUUGGAUUCUUCUAUUAUAUUAUUGAAAUCGAAUCAGCUUAUUAGAUUGAUUAUUCUCAAUAUAGUAGAAAUCCUUAGUCAUUUUUAAAAUAUAAAAAUAAUGAUGAAUCUGCAGUUUUUGAUGUUGAUUCCUUAAUCCUAUCACUUUAAGAAGAUAAUUAUAAAUAAGAAUCUGAAUUAUAAAAGUAAGAAAGUAGAUAGAUAAUGAAAGAAGAAGUUAUAAAAAAUAUAGAAUUUUAAGGAAUUCUUCAAAAAGAUUUAAUCACACCAAAUGAUGUUAGCAAAUUAAAUUUAAUUGAAUAACAACCAUAAUUAAUCAAUACAUUACAAAAAUAGAAUAUAUUUCAGUAAUAAGACUUUUUUUGUUAAUCACCUUUAGCUUCUAUGGGAUAACAUUCAAGCAAUUAGAUUAGAUCAUAAAAUUAAAAUUAAUUAGAUUUAAUUUUAGAUAUGAAUUCAGAAUCAAGUUUGAAUUCUUCAAGAAAACCAUCAUUUAUUUAGAGAUUAGAAUCAAUAGAAAGAUUUUAUUCGAGUUUUAAUUAUUAGUAAUAACAAAUUCUAUUAUUUAUUUUACUUUUAACUUUGAUUGUGUGUUGUAUAUUCUCUAUAUUAAUACUAUCACUUCUUAAAUCUGAUCUUUAGAGUAAAAUUCAAAGUAUUGAAAUGUUAUCUUUUUAAGCCAAUAUUUUGGCACCUUAUGAUAGAUAUCUAGGCAUCAGAUCUUAAAUUAAUUAUUAUUAAGAAUUAUAAACUUAAAAUAAAAUAAGUUAUGAAUAAUAGAUAGAUUUAGUUGAACCUCUUUAUUCUAUAAUAGACAUAUGUUAUAAUGAGCUUAAAUUGAAUUUGUAUUCAUCCUUAUUGGAUAUAGAUCUUAGCGAAUUUUUUAAGGAUUAAUAUACAGAUACAUUCUUUAUGGGAACUAAUGAUUAAAUAAUUGAGUCUAAAAAUAUUACAUUUAGAGAAUUUCUACAUUAAUUACUAAAUUAUUAGUAUGAUUAUAAAAUUAUAUUGGAUAAUAGAAUUUAAAUGAAAGGUUGUCCUUGUUAAGUUUUCUAAUUUUCUAAUUAUUUUAAUUUAUAUGAUAAUUUAGAAUAAAUUUCUUAAGAUAUAUUAACUUAUUCUAUAAAUAUAUGUGAAUAAAUGAUUAAUAAAUGGAGAAUAAUAUGGAUAUCAUUUGUAAUUGUAUGUUGUUUACUUUGUUUUUUAAUUUAUUAUUUAAGAUUAAUGUUAGCUUUAUAAUGUGAUACAAUUAUGGAAAUUGUAACACAUAUUUAAGAAUAAAGUUUAAAAAAUGAAAUAGAAAAUUAAAAGAGUUUAAUUACUGGUAUUAUUUCAGAUAAUGAUUUAAUAAAUUCCUAUUAAUUAGAUUAAUAAACUGAGAAAUAAUAAAUUGAUACUAGAACUGAAAAUCUGCAUUUUCGAAAACCAAAAAGAAAAAUAUUAAUUCGUACAUCUAAAAUAAAAUCUAUUAUAUUUUCAAUAACAAUCUUAGUUUUAUAUUUAGUAUAUUCUGGUUUUGUGAUAUUUUCAAGUCAGAAUUUUGUAAAUCUUUACUUAUAAACAUAAUAAUUAUAUAAAUUGAUAGCUGAUUUAUCAUUUAGAAGUGGAAAUUUAUUUAUAUAUAGAGAGAUGUUGAUAUAAUGGGAAUAAUAACAAUAUUUAAAUAAAUCUGAUGGAUAAAAAUUGUACAAUCUCAUAGAUAAUGGUUAAGACAUUAUUUUAGAAUAUAUAGAUUUAGCUCCACGUGUUACUUUAGAUGAUUUACUUAUUUCAUAAGAUUUUCUAACAUUAUUUGAUUAAAUCUAAAAUACUGAUAUAUGUAAUUAUUUGGAUGAAUAAUAUUCUUAAAUAUUAGAAUAAUAUUGUUUAAAAGCACUUGAUGGAUCUUUAAUCAAAGGAAUGUUAACUACUCUUACAUAUAUUCAUCUAACAAUUAAAAAUUAAUAAGAUAUCAAUAAUUUUACAAAUAGAGUUGAAGACAUAUUUUAUGAAAUUGAAGGUGGUUAAAUAGUUAGUAGAGUAUUUUCAAAAAUGAAUUAGAAAUUGUAAAAUGGAAUUAUAACUAAGACUGAAAGUUUUAAUUUCUAAAAUAAAGUAAUUAUUUAUUUAUUAUUAUUUUAGUUAUUAUCAAUUUUCUUUCUUUUAGCUCUAUUUUCAAUAUGCUUUUAUAUUCUAUUAUUUUAUUAUAAUAAUAUUAAGUAGAAUCUCAAAAUGAUGAAAUUUAGUGUUUUCAUGAUCCCAUAUAAAGACAUACUCCAAAAUGACAUAUUUGAAAAGUACUUAAAAUAAAUUGAAUUGAAAUUAGGUUAUAAAUUAUGA